UUUUUUUUUUGUUAAGAAAAAUAAAUAUGUUUUUAUCAUCAUCUAUGGACAAUCAUCAUUCUACUUAUUCAUUUCAUACUCCUUGUCGUAAAUCCAUUAAACGAUUAUCAAUUUUUACAAAUCAUCGGAAACUCUUCUCUUUACGACGUCAACGAAAAGAAUCCAUGACAAAUUCGGAAUUAUCACUCAGUUCAAGUUCUUGUUCAUCAUUAAAUACAACUUAUUCUGAUUCAUCAUCUUCUUUUAUUCAAAUGUCUGAUCAUUCUGAUACAACAAAUUCCACAACUACUUCAUCACCUGAAAAUCAUCCUCCAGCUCAUGUAUUUGGAAAGGCGGAUCAAGGUUAUUCUAUCUUUUAUCUCAAAUUACCCAAUGGUAAUUGGAUGGUCCGUUGUAGAACUGCUGAUCGGAAAAUCAUUGCAACUUAUGAAGUCGAUGGAUCUAUGGUGUGAUUAUUCUUAUACAUAUUAUUUAUACAUAUUUAUAUAUAUAUAUCUUUACUUUUGUAUAUAGUUUAUUAUCUAUUUAUAUAAAAUUUAUUAUUAUUACUACUUAUUAGAUUUAGUCAUGAUACCCUCCCCAUCUUUUAUUUUAUGGACAAUAAAAAAAAAAAC